AUGCUUUUUUAUUGUUUACAUCAAAUAACUGCACAUUUAGAUAAACCUAUUGCUCUUAAAUUAUAUCCAGUAAUUGAACAAAUUGUAAAAUUAUAUCCUCAAUCAAUAGUUUAUCCAUUUAAAUUAAGUUAUGAAACGUUACAAUAUUCAAUAACUGAUCCAAUAUUAAAAUAUAAUCUUGAAUUAAUUCAACAACAAUUAGAUCGUUAUACACCACUUGUUAAUGAAUUUAUUGAAGCAUUGAAUCAAUUAAAUUCUCAACAACAAUUUGAUACAUGGUCAAAAGAACUAUUUCAUUUAUUAACAAAUGAUUCAAAUACAAGAGAUAUUGAUAAACUUAAAGCACAUUCAAUUAAAUUUAAAGAAAUAUUUUUUUCUGAUAUAAUUAAUCUUGAUGAAACAAAUGAUGGACAAUUGAUAUUAUCAAAUACACAAGAUAAUAAUGAAAUAGAUAAUUCAUUAUUAAAAUCUAAAAUAACAUCAAUAAGAAUAUUAUUUAUAAAUGCUAAACUUUUGGUACUUCAUUCAUUACGAUUACCAAAACGUAUAACAAUACGUGGACAUGAUGAAAAUAAUUAUAGAUUUUUAGUUAAAGCUGGAGAAGAUAUACGACAAGAUCAACGUAUUGAAGCACUAUUUUCAAUUAUGAAUGAUCUUUAUCAUAAUGAUCCAAAUUGUAAUCAAUCAAAUUCAGCUCAUAUUGCUGUACGAACUUAUAAAGGUAAUUAA